CAAGUCAGAGACAGCUCAGGUGGCAGCUGAUGAGUGUUUGCCCCUCGUCCCUCCAUCCUCAGGGGGACCUGGGAGCCAUCGAUGACAAAUAUGACGUGGCCAUUUCCUCCUCGUGUGGGGCCUUGGACCACAUUGUUGUGGACACCAUUGACACUGCCCAGGCCUGUGUGAACUUCCUGAAGGCUGGAGGCAUUGGAGUCGCCACCUUCAUAGCCCUGGACAAGAUGGCUGUGUGGGAAAAGAAAAUGGAGAAGAUCCCAACCCCUGAGAACGCGCCCCGGCUCUUUGACCUGGUGAGGGUGGAGGACGCCCAGGUUCGCCUGGCCUUCUACUUCGCUCUCAGGGACACUCUGGUGGCCAAGAACCUGGAGGAGGCCACCAGAAUUGCAUUCCAGAAGGAGAAAAGGUGGAGGGUGGUCACCCUGCAGGGACAGAUCAUCGAGGUGUCAGGAACCAUGACUGGUGGGGGAGGAAAGGUCAUGAAGGGCAGGAUGGGCUCCUCAGUCGUGAUGGAUAUCUCAGAAGAAGAGGUGCAGGAGCUCAAGAACGUCCCCUCCAGCAACAGCAAGGCCAUCGAGGACGCCACGGCCAAGAGGGAGCUGCUGGCAAAGGCCAAGGACAAGGAGGAGGCCAAGCUGAGGCAGGUCCUGGCCAGCCUGCAGGAGGAGACCAAGGAGAUCCAGAAGGAAAAAGAGAAAGAGAAGGCUCUGGAGAAGCUGGCAAGGGAAGAAUCCGGGGCCAAGGAUCUCGUGCGAAACCUGCGGCGAAAAGUAGAGGAGGCCAAAAGUUCUUUAGCGCAGAGCCGCAGCCGGGGGAAGGUGCUGGAGGCUCUGCUGCAGCAGAGGAAGUGCGGCAACAUCCCCGGCCUCUACGGCAGGCUG